CUGUAAACAUCGAAUGUUUUAUUGUUAAUAUCAUUAGCCUAAGUAUACAUGAAUAAAUUACACUCGACCCUCGCACAUAUGUGAAAGAGAGAGGGAGAUCUGCCAUACCGUGUUCAUCUGGAUUAGUGCUCCCAUCUACACUUUUGCGCCCUUUCAUGUAUUUUGUUAUGCACUACAGACAAUAACAAACUUUUCCCUCAACAUUUGUUAGUAGGUUGCGUGCUAAAUCUAUUUAAAAGAAGUACCCUCUUUUCUUAUAAAUAACAAACAUACGCACCACUUUCCGUUUAUGCGCGUGGGCUGUAUGACACUUGCUAUAGGGCUUCCCCCUAGUGUUUACGGGACGCUCAUGCUCCACUGUGGCAGGUGCUUGUUUGAAAAGUUUUUAGCGUGAGUUCCGGUGACGCCCCGCCCAUCCUCAGAAAGUUAUUUAGUCAGAGAGAAUGAUAGACAGGGUGAUUGAUAAAGAGAGACACUGUAGGCUUAAUGAGAAAAUAUAUAGAGUCUUGAGAGCGAAAUAGAGUGGGAGCAAACGAAAUAUAUCGAAACGGGGAGAGGGUUUUGUAGGUGAUUGAUUCCAAAACUCCAGCGGUUUAUAGUUUCAGAGAUGAACAUAGAUGGGGAGCGCAUGUCGUCCGGUAACGGAAAACUCCGCCAGUGGUUGAUCGACCAGGUGGAUACUGGCAAAUACCCGGGACUGGUGUGGGAGAAUGAUGAAAAGAGCAUCUUCCGCAUCCCCUGGAAACACGCGGGCAAGCAGGACUACAACCGUGAUGAAGAUGCUGCGCUCUUUAAGGGCUGGGCUCUUUUCAAGGGCAAGUUCAGGGAAGGCAUUGACAAACCGGACCCACCCACGUGGAAGACGCGCCUCCGUUGCGCGCUCAAUAAGAGCACCGACUUCGAGGAGAUCGUAGGGCGCAGCCAGUUAGACAUCUCCGAUCCAUAUAAAGUUUACCGGAUCAUACCAGAGGACGCGAAGAAAGGCUCCAGACCUCUAGCAGAAGCAGCCGGUCACUUGGCAUCUCCACAUUAUCCACUCCACUCCGCAUAUACCCCCCCUCAGAAUCAGGUGUGUAACUACUUGCCUACCCCGGAGUAUGCUUGGAGGGGCUAUCAGUGUGAUGAGCCUUCCCAUCCAGAUUACAGCAAUACCCCCUACAGCCCAACACAUGUGGCCUGGGAAAAUGGUUACCAAUUCAGUGGGUCAUUCUUCAGCUGCAGUCCAUCUGAGGUUCCGCCCUCACCCUUUGGCUUUCCCCAACCUGGCUUCAGAACAGCAGAGGGUAUAUCAGACCAGCGGCUGGUGGUGUGUGUGUUCUACGGCGGGACUCUGGUUUCAGAAGUGACUGUGCUGAGACCCGAGGGGUGUAUCCUAACGCCACUGUCAAACGGACAUGCCUUCCAGCCAACCGUCGGCCCAGAGGUGGUGCCUCUCCCACAAAAGGCGGGACUUGAAAGUGGUGUCCACCUAUGGGUGGGGGCUGCUGGGCUGUAUGCCCGCUCUAUCGGUUCCGGCAAAGUCUUCUGGGAAGGGGGCCACGCGCCUUACACAGACAAGCCCAACAAACUCGAGAGGGAUCAGACCAGCAAACUAAUGGACUCGCAUACCUUACUCACAGAGCUGCAGGGUUUCCCGUUGCAUUCUCAUCCGCUGCCUCGUCUGCAAGUUCUCUUGUCCUUUGGAGAUGAUAUCGAUGCUGAAAUACCGAAGAGGACCCUCACAGUGCAGGUGGAGCCUCUGUUUGCCAGACAGCUUAUUUUCCUUAGUCAGUCCGGUGGAAACUACAUCAGGAGCCAUGACUUCCACACACACACACAAGCUCACAGCCUCUCACACACAGAAAAUGAGCCCUCGCCACCCAACUCACAGGACUAUGCCAGGGUCAUCACACAUCUGCAUGGCAAUGCCUUCUCAGAGUGACUGCCCUGUGUGUGAGUGUCUGUGUGUCUGUGUGUGUGUGUGUGUUCAAAAUGAAGUUUGAAUGUGGCCUAUCUUAGUCGGUCGUGUAUUGAGAUUUACAGCUUUGUGUGUGUGAGAGAGACAGAAUGAGUGAAAGAGGAACAACUACAUGUAUGUAUGUGGGGGAAAAGUCAAAAAGUACCACAACACAAAGUGGUGCUGUUCGGUUUGAACUCCUGAAACCUGGAAGAAAAUAAGCACUGAAUAUCCUUGGCAAUAAAUCAAUGGUGUGUGUGUGAUUUAUGGAGAGGCAAGGCCUGUGGAUCUAUCAACCUAAAGAAUGUCAGUGUUUCUCUGUAUUAUAAACGACAUGUUUAUUUCGAAGCCGUGUAAGCUGUCUAUAAACAACAGUGGCAACCAGAUGCCGUCAUAUGUGAAUACGCUGAAUAUAUGUAUGUCAACAAAGACCUUUUUUUAUCUACAUGAGUCCAAAAACAUGCCCAAAACAUUAAUAAGACAGGCAACCCAAAGCAAUGCUGCCUUCCAAGUUGGCCUUAAAAAGUAUCUCUGCAUCUCCAUUACAGACUUGUGUAUGUUGUGACUAUAUAGUUUUGCAUGUAUCAUAUAACUGAAUUGAAAUUAUACUUGACUUGAACCUCUGCAGCUCCAUUACAGACUUUUGUAUGUUGUGUCUGUAUAUUUUUGAAUGUAUCAUAUAACUGAAUUGAAAUUAUACUUGACUUGAAUUGA